GCCUGAGUGAGCUCCCUUCACAUGAGAGGCGGAAGUGACGGCGGCGGCGCUGCUGUGCUCGGCCCCGGGAGACUCUUCUCCCCUCCCUGCCCGGCGUACACUGGGAGAGCCCUGUCCGGGAGCCGCGGCGCUCUCCGGUAGCAAUAACCUGCCUUCUGCUCCUUUACCAUGGCGGCGAAUAUGCGGAAAGGCGGAGGGCUCAUCGGCCUGGUGAAAGACGCCUUCCAGCCGCACCACCAUCACCCAGCUGCUCAGCCUGGGGCAGUGGACCGGAAGACGGUGGAGAAAUGCUGGAAGCUGAUGGAUAAGGUGGUUCGGUUGUGCCAGAACCAAAGGCUCGCCUUGAAAAACAGCCCUCCUUAUAUCUUGGACCUACUGCCUGACACCUACCAGCACCUCCGCACCAUAAUGUCUCGCUACGAGGGGAAGAUGGAGAUCCUUGGAGAAAAUGAGUAUUUUAGGGUCUUCAUGGAAAACCUCUUGAAGAAGACAAAGCAAACAAUCAGUCUGUUCAAGGAAGGCAAAGAACGCAUGUAUGAGGAAAAUUCUCAGCCGAGGCGGAACUUGACCAAAUUGUCCCUCAUCUUCAGCCACAUGCUCGCAGAGUUAAAAGGAAUAUUCCCCAAUGGAUUGUUCCAAGGAGAUAAUUUCCGGAUCACCAAGGCCGAUGCUGCUGACUUCUGGAGGAAAGCUUUUGGAGAAAAAACCAUCGUUCCAUGGAAAAUUUUCCGGCAUGCCCUGCAUGAUGUCCACCCUAUUUCUUCUGGUCUGGAAGCCAUGGCCCUGAAAUCCACCAUUGACCUCACGUGCAACGAUUACAUCUCUGUUUUUGAGUUUGACAUCUUCACUCGGCUCUUUCAGCCAUGGUCUUCCCUCCUCAGGAACUGGAACAGCCUGGCCGUGACUCAUCCGGGUUACAUGGCUUUCCUGACUUACGACGAGGUUAAAGCGCGACUUCAGAAAUUUAUUCACAAACCUGGGAGUUACAUUUUUCGCCUGAGCUGCACAAGACUUGGUCAGUGGGCGAUUGGAUAUGUUACAGGGGACGGUAACAUUCUGCAGACCAUUCCUCACAACAAACCUCUGUUCCAGGCUCUGAUUGACGGAUUCCGGGAAGGAUUUUACCUCUUUCCUGAUGGCCGAAAUCAGAACCCAGAUUUAACAGGCCUAUGUGAACCCACCCCUCAGGACCACAUCAAAGUUACUCAGGAGCAGUACGAGCUGUAUUGUGAAAUGGGCUCCACCUUCCAGCUCUGCAAAAUAUGCGCUGAGAACGAUAAAGAUGUAAAGAUUGAACCUUGUGGGCAUCUAAUGUGCACGCUGUGCCUCACUUCCUGGCAGGAGUCAGAAGGUCAGGGGUGUCCUUUCUGCCGCUGUGAAAUAAAAGGAACAGAGCCGAUUGUAGUGGACCCUUUCGACCCCAGAUGUGGUGGGAUGGCGGAAAUGUUACGCCACUGUCUAGAUGGAGCGCCUUCACCUUGUUAUGAAGAUGACGACGACGACUGUGGAAACGAUUCUCUCUUCAUGUUAGCUGGAGCCAAGGUUGAAAGACCUCCAUCUCCACUUUCACUCGCUCCCCCGACAUCCUUGCCACCAGUACCCCCUCGUUUAGACUUGCUGCAGCAGAGAGCUUCAAAUCCGUCAGGGGCUUGUAGUCCUGCCACCAGCUCUAAGGCUUCUACUAGUUCACACCACAAAGACAAACCGCUGCCUGUCCCCCCAACACUUCGAGAUCUCCCACCACCUCCACCCCCAGACAGACCACAUUCAAUGGUGGCUGACAACAGACCUCAGAGGAGACCUCUUCCCUCAACCCCUGCAGAAAAGCCACUUCCUCUUCCCUCAAGUCGUCCAGACCCUUGGAAUAUGCGUUCUGUUCCCAAAGCUCCGGCACCCAGCCUAAAUCCUAGUGACCCGUGGACUGGGGGCAAAGAGCUUACCAACCGCCACUCUCUGCCAUUCACGUUGCCUUCACAUGUUGAUGAUAAAAGGGUAGACCGUCAUGGUAGCACGCAGAGCUUGGACAUCGCUGGUACAAGUGGAUGUGUGGAGCUAUUGGCAGGCCUCGAUAUUGAUGAUCCCAAGGUGAAGCCAUCAUCUUCCGCCAAUGCCAUCUACUCCUUGGCCUCCAGGCCAUUCCCAGUGCCAAAACCUCCAUUAGGAGAUCAUUCAGAAAGUGCUGACGAUUCGGAGUAUAUGUGCCCAUCCUCUCGGCCGGUAAAUCCCCCUGUGGUACCGAAAUGUGAGACGAAGAGGCCAGUGGAAGUGUUGGCUCCUGGGAUGAGCAGGCCUGGUGAUCAGCUGAUUGAAGGAGAUUCAUAUGAAACCAUGUACAACAUCCAGUGCCAAGCCGCACCAGUGGCUAUGGAGCCGGGGAGAGAAGCGGAAGAAUGCUGUGCCGUGUCCAGCAAUGGGCCUGAGGAUGAUGAGGAUGAUGGCUAUGAUAUCCCAAAGCCCCACUUACCAAUGGCUCCAGCCCGUCGCACGCUCUCUGAUAUCUCUAAUGCCGUACCUGCCUUUAGUUCCAUGCCCCCUGGAAGAGACCCUGGAGCAGGGGCCUUCGAGUCUUCAGCUGUUCCAGAGCGUCCACCAAAACCCUUCCCGAGGAGGAUGAACUCUGAGCGCCGGCCUGCGCCUGCUGGGGAUGCAGGGUCUGCUCCGCUCUCCAGUGAGAUUGAGAGUUUGUUGAACCAGGGCUAUUCUCAACAGGAUGUGAAUAAAGCCUUGCUCAUCGCUCAUAACAACAUAGAAAUGGCCCGGAACAUCCUUCGCGAGUUCGUGGCCAUACCCUCUCCUCCUCACGUGGCUACAUAGCAGUCGGAUCCACGAAAACUCCCACACACCGUGUCACGAGAAGAGUCAAGAGUGCACCUCUGAUCCUUAAGCUCAUGGUCAGCAGGGAGCAGCUAUGGGACCAGUGGGGGUUAACUGUGUGGGUACACGGAUAAUAGGAGGAAAUUGUCCGUACUCCGCCCCUAACUGGAAGCAUACAGGGUACGGGCACAAGCCUGCCCACUGAUAAGCAUUACAAAUCAGGUGAUUCCUAACCAAUCAGAAUGCACUGUUCAAGAAAGCUCCGUUUCCCCCAUUUCCUUCUUGUCAUUGGAAAGAAAGCCUUUCUGACGAUGCGAAUGUGGGAAGCUCUGAUUGGCUCGGGUGAUUAUCAUGGAUACACUGAACCCACUUUCUCCACCCUCGACCCUUUUAUUUUUAUUUUUUUUAUUUAACGAUAGGCCCUAUGAGUUUGUGUUUUUUGAGUUCCGCUCUGAAGGCAAGAAUUGACUUUUUCGCCCAUUUUUUUUUUUAUAUAACAAUUCAGUGUUAUUUAAUAUACUUCACCGUCAUCCUGUAUGGAUGCAGAAUGGGGGACCUCACCGAUAUUUUAAAUCAUGUUGCCUUGGAAUAAAAUUCACGACGGCCCUUUUAAAACGGUUGGCAUUUACUGAUCAUAUUCCGAAUACCGCUAGGCCCCGGGUUUCUGUUACCUGCUGUGUAUUUUGUGUUAUUUUAUCAUUAUAAUUGAAUCCUGUGACUAAAAUGACGCAUUCCGGAAGUUGGGUUCUCCCAACUUUUAGGAGUGAACUAAUG